AUGAGGGGUACUUCCCACCUCCAGAUCCUGCUCCUGUUGGUGCUGGGAGCCAGAAUGCAGAGGUGUGCAGCUUGUGGGCAGCCCCGUAUGUCCAGCCGAAUCGUGGGGGGCCGGGAUGCUCGGGAUGGAGAAUGGCCAUGGCAGACAAGCAUUCAGCACCGUGGAGCCCAUGUGUGUGGGGGGUCACUCAUUGCACCCCAGUGGGUGCUGACAGCAGCUCACUGCUUCUCCAGAGGGACACUGCCAUCAGAGUACAGCGUGCUCCUGGGAGUACUGAGUCUGGGUGUCACAUCAUCCCGUGAGCUCUUGGUUCCUGUAUUGCGGGUGCUGCUGCCCCCUGACUACUCUGAGGAUGAGGCCCGUGGUGACCUAGCACUGCUGCAGCUACGUCACCCGGUGUCCCUGAGUGCCCAAAUCCAGCCUGUCUGCCUGCCUGCACCAGGAUCCCAUCCACCACCAGGGGCUCCAUGCUGGGUCACUGGCUGGGGUAGCCUCCAUCCAGGAGUGCCACUCCCAGAGGGGCGACCCUUGCAAGGAGUGAGGGUGCCACUACUGGACUCUCGCUCCUGUGACCGCCUCUACCACGUGGGGGCCAAUGUGCCCCAGGGUGAGCGCAUAGUGCUACCAGGGAACCUGUGUGCUGGCUACCGCAGGGGCCAUAAGGAUGCCUGUCAGGGUGACUCUGGAGGACCCCUGACCUGUAUGGAGUCCGGCCGCUGGGUCCUAGUGGGUGUGGUGAGCUGGGGCAAGGGCUGUGCCCUGCCCAACCGUCCAGGUGUCUAUACCAAUGUGGCCAAGUACAGUCCCUGGAUCAGGGCUCACAUGAGCCUCUGA